CCCCCCCCUCCACCCAACCACGCCACACCGUGCAAGCGCAGGCCCACCACCUCUCACCCUUUGCCCUGGCCACGACCCUGCUGCUCACGAAAACAGAAAAGGAGAAGAGCGAGACAUUGACCACACACACAUACAUAUAGACACACACACGCGCACACUUUCCAUGUCCUCUGUGGAGCUUGACGAGUUUGGAGGUGGCGUGGGUGGGCCCGGUAUGGUGACCAGCGGUGGUGGCAAGGACAAGUCCAACGACGACGACGACGGCAAGUCACAGGUCCACAGCUACUCGGCCACCACCUCGUACCGUGGUGGUAAGGGUCACACCCGUAACCCUCCGCACAGUUCCUCCAUCCGCAGAGUCAUGUCCUCGAUCGGGCCGGGUCGACGGGCGCCGGAUACGUAUGUAGUUCCAGAGGAGAAGCCACCGACACGGGCUAUCUGGCGGGCGGUGCUGAUGCUGCUCGCAGGCACUUUUCUCAUCGGGUUGGGCGUACUCCUCCUCACCGGCAUCAUCCCCACCUUUUACUGGCGUCGUGGAUGGUCUCUCUGCUUCAUCGGCUCGCUGCUCUUCAUCCCUGGCUCAUACUACUCGUAUGUGGCGUACGGUGCGUGGAUGGGCUACAAGGGCUACCGCUACUCGCUCAUCCCAGACGUCGACUGAGGCUGGAUAAAGGAUCGACUACGGGU